AUGAGUGCCCUGGGAAAAAAUGACAGUUGGGACUUGGUGACUCUUCCUCUAGAAAAGAAAUCCGUAGGCUACAAGUGGGUUUUCGUAGUUAAACAGAAGGCUAAUGGAACAGUGGAAAGAUACAAGGCAAGGCUGGUUGCUAGAGGUUUUACCCAGACUCAUGGGAUUGACUAUCAGGAAACAUUUGCCCCAGUAGCUAAGAUGAACACUGUCAGGUUAGCUGAUACUCUCACUAUAGGAAUUAGUAGUAAAAAUGUUGGUUCUUUAGUUAGCAAGUUUGGCAUGUUUGAUAUUGAUGCACCAACUUAA